ACAUAAAACAUACAAAAAUGGUACUCUUCGCUUUAUCAACAACUUCUUCUUCUAAGCUAAAACAACAUUCACACCAAAGCUUCUCAGAGUCUUUAAUGGAAGAUAGUAUCGAAGACGCCGAAUCUAUCAUACAUCGAUGGAUUUCACCGGAACUCGUAGACUCUUCUUCUUUCCGUUUCAUCUCAUCGCUAUUUUCAACCGAAAACCGCGAAGAAGCCAAACGAUUCAUCAACACUGUAAACAACUUACACACCGGUAUGAUUCGACUAAUCUCAGUGAAUCCAACGUCAACGAAACUCGUCAAAGCCGAGAAUCUAAUGCGAAUCUCCGUGAAUCAUCUCUCUAAAGAGUUUUACCGCAUUCUUAAAUCAAAUCGACGCUACCUCGACCCCGAAUCCGUCUCUAUCCGUUCUUCAAAAGCUUCCGAUUCCGACUCCGAUGUCAUGGAUGAUUUAAAGAUGAUCGCGGAUUGUAUGAUAUCAUCCGGAUAUAGCAAAGAAUGCUUUAAAAUCUACAAGAAAAUCCGUAAAUCGAUCAUCGUCGAAGCGAUAAACCAACUCGGAUUCGAGAAUCUAACGUUCUCGCAGAUACAGAAACUUGAAUGGGAAGUUAUGGAGAAGAAGAUACGAAAAUGGUUACGAGUUACAACAAGAGCAGUGAAUACUCUGUUUUCCGGCGAACGAAUCCUCUCCGAUCACGUCUUCUCUUCAUCAUCAUCAUCGAUUCGUGAAUCUGCAUUUGCAGAAAUCACAUUACAAAGCGCUUUAGCUUUGUUUACUUUCCCGGAAAAAAUGGCGAAAUGUCGAAAAUCACCGGAGAAGAUCUUUCUGACUCUCGAUGUUUAUCAAACAAUCAUCGAUCUAUUGCCUAAGAUCGAUGAACUCUUCAGCUCCGAUUCAACCUCCACCGUCAGAUCACAAAUCGUUGUAACUUUAUCAAAUCUCAGAGAAGGUGUGAUUUCCAUGAUCGAUGAAUUCGAAUCUUCGAUUUCGAAAGAAUCAUCGAAAUCGUUGAUCUCCGGUGGUGGAAUUCAUCAAUUGACUAGGUAUGUGAUGAAUUUCAUCGUCUUCCUCGCUGAUUACAGUGAUACACUCUCCGAUAUCAUCUCGAAACCGUUGUUACCUUCACCGGAAGAAGAAAACUCCGGUGAUUCGUCUCCGGUGAAAUCGCGAAUCGCGUGGCUGAUUCUGUUCUUACUCUGCAAAAUCGACGCGAAGUCUCGUCUCUACAACGACGUAGCUCUCUCGUAUCUGUUUUUGAUUAAUAAUCUUAAUUACGUUGUUGUUAAAGUCCGAUCGUCGAAUCUGAAGAUGGUUUUGAGUGAGGAUUGGGUUAAGAAGCAUGAAGGGAAGGUGAAGAAGUACGCCGGAAAGUUUGAGGAGAUUGUUUGGGGAGAGGUGAUGACGUCACUUUCUGAUGAUGUGACGACGGUGGAGGAGAGGAUUAGACGGUUUAGUGAUGGGUUUGAGGAAGCGUAUAAGAGGCAAACCGGUUGGGUUGUACCGGAUUCGAAAUUGAGAGAUGAGAUUAAACGGUCUGUGGGGAUGAUGAUUAUACCGAGAUAUUCGGAGUUUUGUGAAAGGUAUCGGGUCGGGUUAUUGGAGAAUGUCGGAUUUGCCCCUGAGGAUAUUGGGAAUUAUCUUUCGGAUUUGUAUUUUGGGUCUCGUGGAUCAGGGAGUGUUUCGUCAGUCCAUUCUUCGGGUUCUUAUGUUUGACACACGUGUGAGUUUGUGAUUAAUGAUAUUGCAGCAGUAAAUAAUAUUGGUGUGAUUAUUUUGAUUAGUUUGCGAUUGCAAUGGAAACGAUACGAUUAAAAUUGAAUUAUCUAC